UGCUUUCCCUUGGAGACGACGAUGAAAUGUGGGAGGCGAUAAUGAUCGUCGUCUCCGCACCAACGAGCAGCGGCAGCGGGAGAUUUCUUCUCGACAAUCCGAUCGAUGGCGGCAAGAGGAAGCUCAAUCCGGCAGCAGCAGCAGUGGCCCCGUGGAUGAAUCCACGGUGCACGCGACUCUCCCUGGUCAGGAGGAAAGCAGCGAUUAGGUCAAGAACGCCCGAGGAGAAUGCGUCCGAGGAUUGCGCCGAGCAAUUGGAUCGGCUGGACGCUAAUCUGUGUAAGGAUGUGGCUGCCACGGCCGCGAGCGCCGAGGAUGCGCUGGAGAUGAUAAUCUCUUCGCAAGACUCACAGGUAGCUGGUCGGGUUGUGAGCAAUGAGGAAUGCUGUGAGAUUAUCGUUGCGGCAUUCUCUCAUGGCAAUGUGGAUUUGGCCUUUUCUUUACUGGAUGCGAUGCGGAGUAAGAAACCUCGCAUCCAAAGUGAUCAAGUUGGUGAAGCGAAAGGAACAUGGCAGUGGCCUCAACCCGAUGUUUCUACUUAUGCCACCGUGAUCAAAGGUCUUGCUGCUUCUCUUCGUGUUUCGGAUGCUAUACAAGCGGUCUCCAACGUCCGACGUCGCGGAGUUCCUCCGGGUGAUGAGGUUCCUUUCGGGAAUGUUGUCAAGUGUCCCACUUGUAAUGUAGCGAUGGCGGUCGUGCAGCCGCAGUGUGGAAUCCAGCUUGUGGCAUGCUCCAAAUGCCGAUAUCAAUAUGAACUCAUGUCCGGUGAUGUGACGAGCUGCGAGUCAGAGUCGAUGAGUUCUAGUACUUCAGCUCUCGAGCGCGCACUUCGAUUCCUGCAACUUAUGAAGCGACCUGUCGCUUCAGCAGUCCAUUCCUUUAACGUAACUGCGCCUAACGGAGUAGCUCGAACUCACAGAUUUGCAACUGAGAGCGCUGAAAUCCCGGGGCAGUUAGGAGAAAGAGUUACCAUCGCAUCUGCAGCUCCAGCACGACAGGGGUUUCGUUUCAUUUCUUUCGCGGCAAGAACACCGGGUUGGCAGCCGAGCGAACCCAUGGCAGUAACAAACCACGAUACGGGGCGUGAAACUAAACUCUUGAGAGCACCACCGAAGACCGGAGCUACUGCUGCUGCAUUCAACACCUCCCUCGUUGUCCCUGCAGCACUUGUGCUGGCCAGCAGCAAUGCUGCUACAGCUUUGAUAGAUCCGACGCUGCCUCGAGCAAUCGUUAUAGGUGCUAGCGCAGCGAUUGUCUUUGGUGGUGCAGCGAACGCUUUUCUCCUGCCUAAGCUGAAUCAGAUUCCUUCCAGGAGUGUUGAUGCCAUAGCCUUGAGGCAGGAGCUUUUGUCGCAGUACGAGAUGCUACAAUCACGCCUUCAACAGCUGACGGAUGCAUCCGUCCAGGAGGUGGUGCGAUUGGCUCGAAUGUGUCAGCUGGAAAAUAAAAUGGAGUCAGUCGGCCAGGACAUGUACAGUGCGAGGAUCGAUCGGGUGCGCAAAGCAAGAGAAGGAAUUGAUGAGCGCUUGCGUGCACAGCUCGAACUGAUAGAUAACUACGCCAAGAUUGCAGCGAUGAUUGAGAUCGAAGUGGAGAUGGACAUGGAUGUUAUUGCAGCCGAGACAGCAGGGGCCGUGGCGAGAAUUGAAGAGCAAAUUCAAGGGCUCAUGGAGGUCGAGGAGCUCCAAAAGAAAUGGAAGAUCCAAGCCGAGGCAGCAGACGAGGUGGAGAGGCUCCUUAGCUCGGCACCGACAAUGUGAGAAGAAAUAAAAGAGAAGGUUUUAUACGUCA